AUGUCAGGUAUUUUUUAUUCGCCAUUUUGGGACUUUGCUGGUUCAAUUGAAAAUAAUUUAAAUCAAUUUAACCGUUCAUUACAAUGCUCUGGUUUGAAUCGUUGUCCAGCAAAUAAGAAACAAAGCAAAGAAAACAAACAACUUGCUAAGAAAUCCAAUAAUGAUUCAUUAAUUUCAAAUUUCUUUGGUAAUGAUAAUAAUGACAGUUUUUUCAACACCUUCAGCAUUAUUCCACCAGUGGAUUUGAUCAAACAUGAAAAGAACUAUGAGUUACAUAUCUCAAUUCCAGGUGCUGAAAAGGAUAAAAUCAACUUAGACUUUAAUAAAGAAGCAAAUGAGAUAACUAUCUCCGGUGAAAUCGAAUCUCAUAAAGAAGAGGAAAAAGAUAAUUAUAAGUACCAAGAAAGAUCAACUGGUAAAUUUUCAAGAACAAUUGGACUACCAAAAGACGAAACAAUCGAUGAUGAAAACAUCAAGGCUAAUUACAAAGAUGGUGUCUUAACUCUAGAAAUUCCAAAAUCAGAAAAAAAGGAGACCGAAAAUGUUCGUCGUAUCACCAUUUCUUAA